UCCUCUGGAGAAGGGAUCCAAGGUGGCGGCGGUGCGGGCGCCGGCCGUUGGGGCGAUUCGCAGGCAGGUGACUAUGAAAGGCUUAUAUUUUCAGCAGAGUUCUACAAAUGAAGAAAUCACAUUUGUAUUUCAAGAAAGGGAAAAUCUUGCAGUUAUAGAGGAUAAUUAUGUGAAAGUUCAAGUCAAAGCUUGUGCUCUGAGCCAGAUAAAUACAAAGCUUCUAGCAGAAAUGAAGAUGGAGAAGGAUUUUUUCCCUGUUGGGAGAGAAAUUGCUGGAAUUGUGUUAGACGUUGGGAGCAAGGUAUCAUUCUUCCAACCAGAUGAUGAAGUAGUAGGAAUUCUACCCCUGGAUUCUGAAGACCCUGGCGUCUGUGAAGUAGUAAGAGUACAUGAGCAUUAUUUAGUUCACAAGCCAGAAAAAGUUACAUGGUCAGAAGCUGCCGGAACCAUCCGAGACGGCCUGCGAGCCUACACGGCGCUACAUUACCUUUCCCAUCUCUCUCCUGGCCAGUCCGUGCUGAUCAUGGAUGGUGCGAGUGCACUUGGUACGAUAGCAGUCCAGUUAGCGCACCACAGAGGAGCCAAAGUGAUCACAACUGCGAGCAGCCUGGAAGAUAAGCAGUGUCUGGAGAGACUCAGACCUCCUUUAGCCCGCGUGAUGGAUGUGUCCACCGGGAAGGCUCAUAUUGCUGACAGCUGUUUAGAAGAAACAGGCGGCCUGGGAGUAGACAUUGUCCUAGAUGCUGGAGUGAGGCUGUACAAUAAAGAUGAUGAACCAGCUGUCAAAUCACACAGACUGCCACAUAAACAUGACAUCAUCACACUUCUGGGUGUUGGAGGCCAUUGGAUUACAACAGAAGAAAACUUGCAGUUGGACCCUCCAGAUAGCCAUAGCCUGUUCCUCAAGGGAGCAACGGUGGCCUUCCUGAAUGAUGAAGUGUGGAAUUUGUCAAAUGCACGACAGGGAAAAUAUCUCUGCAUCUUAAAAGACGUGAUGGAGAAGUUAUCAGCUGGUGUUUUUAGACCUCAGCUGGACGAACCCAUCCCGUUCUACGGGGCAAAAGUCGCCAUGGAAGUUGUUCAGAAAAACCCCGGGAGAAAAAAGCAAGUCGUUCAGUUCUAAGUUUGUUCUUCCUUGGACGUGAGCGGGAUGAACCCGGAAUUCGGGGAGCCAGAGUCUCCGUGGAAAUUGUGCGGAAAAGCCCAGGACGAUCAAAAGCAAGUCGUUGCGGUUUUCAAGCCUGUUCCAGCUCUUGAAAAGUCUAGGAGAGAUGACUGUCCCGCGGGUCAAGCCGAUUGCAUCGCCUCUAAGGGGGUGUUCUGCCCACAGGGUUUUUGCGGGUGUUUUGUCUGUGUCUUCGCCUGUGCAGCUGCUGUCACGUCCCUUGCCCGCCGCGCCGCUGUUAUUGGCAAAGCUGCUACAAAGUCUGUUUGCUUUACUGUCCCAAUAAUGGUGACGACCUUUUGUAGCA